AUGGUUUCCAAAAGGUUGAUUUUCGCUUGGGCGAUGUGGCUCGCGUUGCCCCUGGCAACGGGCCAUCUUAACGUGCUUAUCAGCCAGGCUGAAGUUAUGAAGCUCUUAGGUUUGGACGCGGAACUUUACUACGUUCGUGAAGGUGUCGUGAAUACGUAUGCUACUGGUUUUAUAGUACCCGUGCCAGCUCACAUCACUGACUUGGAGUUUAUGUGGCAGGCUCUGGGACGGAAACCGCUGCCGUACGUGAUAAGUAUAGACUACGAGAGUCGGGGCGCCAUGUUGCCGCCGCAAGUCAAUAUAUCGGAGCGGGGGUACGUGCCCACCACGUUACAGACUUUUAGGGUCCGUUUGCCGUGCACUGGUUCAAGGAGUGCCGAAAUCCUUGUGACCAUGCAACUAAAUAUUUCAGCACCGGAUCGUGCACACAAAGAUGUACGGCUGGUGUUUAAGAGAAACAAAAUUUGUUUGAAAGGUUUAUCAACGAUCAUACAGCACAAUGAUACAGCUCGAUUGGCUGGUGACGCGAGCAGCACUUCGGGUGGAGUACUUUUUGCUGCAGGUGGAUGUGCCGCUGCUGCACUAGCACUCCUGGCAGGAGUAGCAGCAGCUGGGACUUUAUACCGGAGAGGCAAUAAAGCUCGACAUCACGAUUCUAUACACACGUCAUAUACCACAGCGGCUUAUGGGAGUCAUCAGAACGUAUUACUUCGUCUUGACACGUUGGGAAGACCGCCUAGUUCCACCGGCUCGUACGCUACUAUCGCCAGCCUUCAUAAGUUUCCUUUCGAUUUAGAAAAUCACUGUCAAACAGGCAGUCGAAGAUCUCCUUCACCGUAUGCAACGACACACAUCGGUGAACACAUCUACGCGAAACCGGAAUCUCGGGUGUCGUACUAUGCUGCUUCAAACCUUACUCAUGUGUCGCAGCAAACCAUAACGAAGGACCGCAUAACGGAGCCAGCUGAACAACUGCGUUAUCUGACCACACCUCGAUCCAACAUUCGUCUCGAAAUACUGGUCCAAGAAGGUACUUUCGGCAGAGUUUAUAAAGGGGUAUUCAAAAGAGGCGACACCUAUGAAGAGGUGCUCGUGAAGACUGUGUCUGAUGCGGCUUCGGCAAUGCAAGCGGCUUUACUGCUGGCGGAGGGUCUUAGAUUAUGUGGUUUGGUGCAUUCUAAUGUGUUGACCCCGAUGGCUGCUUGUGCGGAAGAAGCCAGGAAGCCCCUCCUUGUGUACUGCUGCGUAUCGCAUUCUUCUAAUCUGAAAAGGUUCCUUACAUCUUGUCGUCUCGGGCAUCAAGCCGCGCCCGCGACUCGUGAGCUAGUCGAUCUUGGAGCACAGAUCGCCUGUGGGCUGGCAUACUUACACGUGCAACGAGUCAUACACACUGAUAUUGCUACUAGGAACUGCAUAGUGGAUGAAAAGUUGAGACUAAGGGUUACAGACAACGGGCUAUCCCGGGAUUUGUUCCCGGAUGAUUAUCACUGUCUUGGGGACAAUGAAAAUAGACCGGUUAAAUGGAUGGCGCCAGAGUCUCUUUUGCAAGGACAGUGCACGACCUCGUCUGAUGUGUGGUCAUUGGGAAUAACACUAUGGGAAUUAGCAACCCUUGGAGCGGCUCCUUUAUCAGAGUUAGACGCGGCCGACGUCGGGGCCUUUCUUAACGGUGGCUAUAGACCUUCGCAACCCCAUAAUUGUCCUGAUGAAUUGUAUGGCUUAAUGUCAUGGUGUUGGACAACUUCUCCUUCAGCUCGCCCCACCGCUCCACAGCUCUUGGCCGCCCUACACGACUUUCGACAAGCACUCAGUACUUAUAUCUAA